AUGAUUUCCAUUGAUUUUUUUUCCUCACCUGAUCUUGUUAAAUCUUCAAUAGCGGGCUCGUUAUUUAUUUUAGUAUUGUCGACCCUCUAUUAUUUCCUCUUCCUGGGUGGUGCUGGAGCUCAACAUAAGCUUAAUAAAACGCCCGAACCAAGCGGAGCAUGGCCUGUGCUGGGUCACCUCCGUCUUUUCCGAGGUCCCAAACUUUUCCACGUAACAUUGUCUGAGAUGGCCGACAAAUAUGGCCCAAUUUUCAGCAUCCGUCUUGGACUUCGUCGGGCGAUUGUGGUUAGCAAUUGGGAGUUGGCCAAAGAACUGUCCACCACUCACGACCUAGCCGUGGCAUCACGUCCUCAAAUGCUAGCAGCAAAGCACCUGGGGUACAACUAUGCCAUGUUUGCUUUCUCCCCCUACGGGUCGUAUUGGCGUCAGAUUCGAAAAUUGGUGUCUUAG